AUGUCUUCCAGACCGCUUCCUGUUGUUCAGCGGGUACCCUUGCCUCAAGGAACCCCUGAGUACGAGGCUCUGCGCCAAAAGUAUCUUUCCGAGCUCGAGGCCAGCAUUCCUGACGAGUACUACCUACCCCAGUCACUGAUUGACAACCCUCCACGGGACGUCACCCCCGUACCAAGGGAGUGCGGUAUCCUGACUGCCGAGGAAAUCGACAUUACCGAAAACUACGAUGCCACUGCCUUGGCCGCUGCCAUCGCUUCCAAGAAGUUCAGCGCCGUGGCUGUCGCCACCGCCUUCACCAAGCGUGCUGCCAUCGCCCACCAGCUCACCGGCUGCUUGGUAGAGUACUUCCAAGGCGAGGCCCUCGAGAGGGCGAAGGCCCUUGACGAGCAUCUGGAGAAGACCGGCAAGACCGUUGGUCCUUUUCAUGGUGUUCCUAUCAGUCUGAAGGAGCACAUGCCCAUUAAGGGUCACUACACAGCCGUUGGUUUCCUCGACACGCGCCACAUUGAUGACUAUGACUGCCAAAUGGUGGCCAUCCUUCGCGCUGCAGGUGCCGUCUUCUACUGCAAGACCAACCAGCCCCAGGGCAUCAUGCACCUUGAGACCGUCUCUCCUCUUGGUCGCACCCUCAACCCUCACAACAUUGAUCUGUCGGCUGGUGGAUCUACCGGUGGUGAGGCGGCCCUGUUGGCCAUUCGCGGUUCCAUUCUUGGUAUCGGUACCGACAUUGGCGGUUCGAUUCGCGGGCCGGCUGGAUUCUGCGGUAUCUAUGGCUACAAGUCGACAUCGUACUAUCUCCCUACCAAGGACUUCCUUGUUGGUGGUUUCGCUGCCGAGCUGACGGUGCUCUGCUCUACCGGCCCCAUGGGCCACUCUUUGAGGGAUAUGGAUCUCUUCUGCUCCGUCGUCAAAGCCUCGAACCCGCACGUUGAGGACCCAGCACUCAUCCCUAUCCCGUGGACCGGCACUGCCACCGCUCCCAAGACCACUCCUCUCAAGGUCGGCAUCAUGUGGAAUGACGGUGCCAUCAUCCCUCAGCCUCCUGUCAAGCGGGCUCUUGCCUGGGCCAAGGAGCAGCUAGAGACCAAGUUCCCUGGCAAGUUCGAGGUCAAGUCCUUCGUCCCUUACCAAGCGGCCGAGGCCAUGGUCAACAUCCGCAAGGCUUAUUGGCCCGACGGUGGCAACGCCGUCAGAGCUCACCUUGCUGCCACGGGCGAGCCAAUGUUCCAUCUGACGGAGUGGAUCCUGAAGGAUGCCGUGAGCGAGGAAGAGCUCCCCGUCUCCAAGGUGCUCGAGUACCGUGUUGCCCGUGAUGUCUACCGCCAGAAGUUCGUCGCGGACUGGAACGCGCAGGAUGUCGAUGUGGUCAUCUCUCCCGUUUUUGUUGGCCCGGCUUGUGAGCACGAGACUGCUUUCUACUGGAACUACACCGCCCUGUGGAACUACCUCGACUACCCCGGUGUUGUCUUCCCCACCCCCAUCAAGGCGCUCAAGAAGGGUGCCGAGGACUACGCUCCCGAGGACGCCACUCCUCUGAGCGAGCAAGACAAGCACACCCGGGAACUGUGGGCCAAGGGUGACUUUGAGAACGCCCCUAUCAACUUGCAGAUUACCACCAGAAAAUAUCAUGACAACGAGCUCUUUGGCGCGCUGGCUGCCCUCCAGGAGGCUCUUGCCCUCCCCUGA